AUGACCGUCAACUCUACCUUCACGUCUAUGACAUCCACGCAGUCGUACAUUCCCUCGACAGUAGCUCACCUGCCUAACAAGAUGCACUUUAACGCCCACUCAACGCCCAUACCCGUCGCCGUCCCGCCUCCGACUGACCUGCUUGGUUGCUUCAUCUCACAGUACAAGGAAUUGAAUCUGCACAAGCGCGGAGAACCCGUGAUCGUGAAUGGCCAGUCUUUGACCAUUGCUGCUAUUGCCGCUGUGGCGCGCUACCAUACGCCGCUCGUGCUCGGUGCUUCCCAAGAUGUCAAGGACAAGCUCAUCGAGUCGCGCCGCGUCAUCGUGGACAAGGUCGGCCAGUCGAAGAGCGUCUACGGCGUCAGCACCGGCUUUGGUGGGAGUGCAGACACCAGAACGUCCAACCCGCUUGCGCUAGGCGCCGCUCUUCUCCAGCACCAACAGUCCGGAGUACUGCCCUCGUCGACGGAUGUUCCGCUGCCUGCGCUGCCGUUACUGGACCCUAUGACCUCGACGGCUAUGCCCGAGGCAUGGGUGCGUGGCGCGAUUCUCGUACGCAUCAACUCGCUCCUGCGUGGCCAUUCGGGUGUCCGCCUGGAACUCAUCGAGAAGAUGGCCGACCUGAUUAUGAAGAACAUCACGCCUGUCGUGCCCAUCCGAGGCAGCGUGUCCGCAUCUGGCGACCUCGCGCCUCUCUCGUACGUCGCAGGUACGCUCGUCGGGAACCCUGCUAUCCGCGUGUUCGAUGGUCCCGCCGCUUUCGGCUCGCGCAGCGUCAUCUCCUCGCGCGAGGCACUGGCAAAGCAUGGCCUCACGCCUAUCGCACUCGGAGCUAAGGAGCAUCUUGGCAUCUUGAACGGAACCGCGUUUUCGACAUCCGUGGCAGCACUCGCGCUGAAUGACGCCGUGCAUCUAGCGCUCCUCGCGCAGGUGUGCACGGCGAUGGGUACUGAGGCACUCCUUGGCAUGCGUGGGUCGUUCGCACCGUUCAUCCACGAAGAGGCCCGUCCGCAUCCUGGUCAGGUCGAGGCGGCGCGCACAAUCUGGGACUUGCUGGAGGGCAGCAAGUUUGCUGUCGGCCAUGAGGAAGAAGUGACGAUCGACAAGGAUGCGGGCGAGCUCCGUCAAGACCGCUACCCUCUGCGCACAGCGCCACAGUUCCUAGGACCGCAGAUCGAGGACAUCCUUGCCGCGUACGACAGCAUCUCACUCGAGGCCAACUGCACGACGGACAACCCUCUCAUCGACGCUAAGACCGGCGAAGUUCACCACGGCGGCAACUUCCAGGCGAUGGCGGUGAGCAAUGCGAUGGAGAAGACGCGUCUCUCGCUGCACCACAUCGGCAAGCUGCUCUUCGCACAGACGGCUGAACUCGUGAACCCAGAGCAGAACCGCGGGCUUCCCCCGUCUCUCGCCGCGACCGACCCGAAGCACAACUACCACGGCAAGGGUAUCGAUAUCGCUGCCGCUGCCUACGUCGGAGAGCUUGGAUACCUGGCAAACCCCGUUUCUACUCAUGUUCAGUCAGCAGAAAUGCACAACCAAGCAGUCAACUCGCUCGCUCUGAUCUCUGCUCGCGCUACCCUGAACUCGCUUGACGUCCUAUCCAUGCUCAUCGCGAGCUAUCUCUACCUUCUGUGCCAGGCAUAUGACCUUCGCGCGCUGCAGACCGAGUUCAAGACCGAGCUUGUCGCCAUGGUCACGGAAGAGUUGGACGUUCACUUCCCGGGUGCUAAGGCGGGCGUCCUUGCCAAGGUUCUCGACGCGAUGUACCGCUCUUUCGACAACACCUCCACGAUGGAUGCCGCGCCGCGCAUGGUCCGCCUUUCCGAGGCCGCAGCUGGUGUUCUGCUCCACUACUACACGAGCGACACGUUCGAUGUGUCCGCUCUUGCCGCUGUCCCGGCAUUCCGCGCAUCAGUGUCCAGGAAAGCGACCGACUCGCUCGUGCGCCUUCGCCGUGAGUAUCUUCACGGAAAGCGCGGACCGGCACCGGCGAGUAGGCACCUCGCGCGCACACGGCCCAUGUACGAGUUUGUGCGCGAGACACUGGGCAUCCGCAUGCAUGGCGCGGUGAACGAGAAUGACUUCGUGGAUGAAUUCGGCGGAGAGGACUCGAUCGGCCAGAACAGGCAGCUACGUUUCCUACGCAGAACUAGUGGUCACAAUCAAGAUGGCCAGAUGUCUCUCACCAAUGAUGACGCCCUGGCAGCUCUGCCGGCGAACUUCGUCGAUACCCUAGGAGAGCUCUCCACGAAUGAAGAACUUGUCGACUGGAUCAACACGUCGCUUGCUCCUGGGACGGACGAUUUGGGCGCAAUGGACCGCCUGGUAGCGCGCUUAGUUGCAUCACUCGACGUCGCGUCCGAGGAUACGUCGCUACAGCUCGAACACUUGAUCGACGACAUAUCUCGUACCGCAUCCCGUUUACAUUAUGAUCUGCACUUCAUGCGAGAUGGCGCCCUGUCACUGCAGAGUUCUCUGAACGACCUCACCACGCGGGCGAACAAGUCAUCAGCGCCGGAAACGGACCAAGCGCUCGACAAGCUUCACACGCUUGACAUCACCAAAAGGAAUAUGGAAGCCGCCAGAGCGGUUUUGCGCGAGGCGGAGAGCUGGAGUACGCUCGAGAGCGAAGUCGCCUCACUUCUAUCCGAACAUGCGUACGACCGUGCCGCAGAGAAGCUGGCCGAGGCACAUCGCUCUAUGGCGGUGUUCGCGAAUACACCAGAAUACGAAGGGCGCCGCACUCUGAUGGUGUCGCUGCAGAACCAACUCGAAGCUGCCCUUUCCAGCGCUCUCAUAGGCGCCAUCACACAGCAGGACGCCGCACAAUGCAAAGCUUACUACGCCAUCUUCGAACGUAUUCAGCGCGACGCCGAGUUCCGGACGUACUACUAUGGCGCGAGGCGCGCAGGGUUGGUGACUCUAUGGACGGAUGCACACUUGUCCGAUACUGGCGAAUCUACGCCUAUCCAAACUACGUCUACGCCAGCCAUACCCUUCUCGGCCUUCUUGACGACCUUCUUCGCAUCGUUCCUCAGUACACUGAAUGCAGAGAGGACGUCCGUGUCCGCCAUCUUUCCCGACCCGCAGUCGACGCUAUCGACUUUUAUCACCUCAACCCUCUCUGCUCUGCAACCAUCAUUCGCUCAACGCCUCAACUCGCUCUCCAGUCAUCUGGCGUCCAUGGCCCUUCCGGAACUCAUCUCGGCGUUCAGGGCGACCGAAACGUUCGCCGUAGCCGCGGAUAAAGUUCUCGAGCGCACUCUGCAAAGCAGUGUAAUCUCGCCAGGUCAGGAUGGGGACCUCCCGCCUCAGAUGACGGAUCGCGAGCGCAAACUCCAUCGACGGCGCUCAUCGCGAAUGUCAAUCUCACGACGGAUGUCGCUUAGUGGCGGCGCAGGCUUGAACCUGCGGCCCGGUGUACUCGCAGGCAGCGGCCUCGACUGGGAUACGGAGCUUUUUGAACCCUUUAUCGAGGUGCAAGCUGAGUACGGCACUCUCGAGUUGCGCCAUCUAUCUGCGCUGCUUGCGGCGGAACCGGUGCCACAAGAUGUUGAUCACGCACGUGGGUUGCGUGAACGGGCCGGCGUGGCGCUCAGCCUCGCCGAGGAGAGUCUGGGGCGCAUGCUCGCGCUGACCCACGGCUAUGGCGCACACCGCCUCCUUAGCGCGUUGGAUGACUUUCUCGCGUCAUUCGUUUCCUCGUCACAAUGCGAGUUCUCGUCUUCGACCAUCCCUACGCCGGGACAAGGGCUCGGCGGAGCACCCGCGGAUAUGGACUACAGUCUCGAAGACUGGGCGCACAUCCAAGCACGGCUACACUUGCUCGAUGCCUUGCGUAACACUCUUGAGCGCCUUGUAAACUUCGAAGGUCGCUUCCGGACGGUGCUCCAGCAGGUCGCGGCGCAACUCAAGAGCGCGGAUGGUGGUCUGCCUUACGUGCCCGGAACCACGCGCGGCGCACUUGUGCUCCUAGCGCAGAGCGAGCUCAAUAGCCUCGAGCUGCAGACGCUUUUGUUAGAUGCGGGUGCAGAGGAGCAAAGUCGACCGGGUAGUCAAGAGGUACUUCGCAGGAGGAGCAGCACUGGGACGCCAACUGUCGAGAACCCCCUACUUGACAGCGCUCGCGGUGCCAUCGCGACGUACACCGGCGCAACGCAGCAAGCACUCCAAGACGCGAUGCUUGCGCCUUUACGGACGCACCUCGCCGCUUAUGCUUCACUUCCCGUCUGGUCGUCUACUCCGGUGGAGCGCCCCAGCCGUAAUGCAGCGCCCGUGCCGACGUUCAGCCUCAGUCCGAGCGAGUCGAUGCAGGCUGUGGCCGAGGGCCUACUUGGACUGCCGCGUCUCUUCGAAGUGUACGCGGAGGAUGGCUCGCUCGCGUUCUCCUUACACACACUGCCGCACGUGGAUGAGGCGCUCCUGGCAAGCUUCGAGGAUGCACCUCCGCCCGAAGCUGCCGCACAUCCAGCCCAUCAUCGGAGGCAGAGCGUCGCUCUCGCGCGUCCAAGUAUUUCUGGCGCUGGCAUGAUUAGUACAGCGCCUGUAUUGGGAGCAGAGGCAAUCGAGUCCGUUUGGCUCUCUGCGCUUGGACGCACGCUGUUGUCACAGCUCACCAGCAGCAUUCUGCCUCGCAUCCGCACGUUGACGCCGAGCGGCGCGGCGCAGUUAGCCAGUGACCUCGGAUACUUGUCGACCAUUGUUGGUGCGCUGAAUGCGGAAAGCGAAGAACUUGUGAGGUGGAGGGAGUGCGCGGGAUUGUCGGAUGAGGAAGGGAGGAAGCUGCUCAGAGAGGGCGGUUUAAGUGAAGGAGGGGAGGUACUGGUUAAUGUAGCGAGGAUGAGAGGGUGGGCGUGA